GUAGGAGUUGUCAUCAUACUUGUUGUCAUAAUGUUAUGCUGGAUAAAGAAACUCAAACAGAGAAGAAAAAGAAACAAUGAUAACAUCAAUGUGGAUAAUUUUCUUAGGAAUCAUGAAUUCUUGGCUCCAAAAAAGUAUUCUUACUCCCAAGUAAAGAAGAUGACCAACUCCUUCAAAGUCAAACUAGGACAAGGCGGCUUUGGUUCGGUGUAUAGAGGAGAGCUAAGCAAUGGAAACCUUGUGGCUGUGAAAGUUUUAAAUGAACUAAAAGGUAACGGUGAAGAUUUCAUUAAUGAAGUUGCAAGUGUUGGCAGGACUUCUCAUGUAAAUAUUGUAACUCUUGUGGGAUUUUGCUGUGAUGGCCAUCAAAGAGCUUUGAUCUACGAAUUCAUGCCUAACGGGUCCCUUGAAAAGUUCAUAUAUGGGCGGGAAUCCUCGGGUAAUAUCCAACUUGGGUGGGAAAAGUUGCACCAGAUUGCAGUUGGGAUUGCUCAAGGCUUAGAAUAUUUGCAUAAGGGCUGUAACACACGGAUCUUACAUUUCGAUAUAAAGCCACAUAAUAUUCUUUUGGAUCAAGACUUAUGUCCAAAGAUAUCUGACUUUGGACUAGCUAAGCUAUUACAUGAGAAAAGAAGCAUGAUAUCUGUGUCGCGUACCAGAGGAACACCAGGUUAUAUUGCUCCUGAACUAUUUUCAAGGAACUUUGGUCAGGUCUCCCACAAAUCAGAUGUUUAUAGUUACGGAAUGAUGAUUUUGGAAAUUGUUGGAGGGAGGAAAAAUAUUGAGGUUGAAGUUGAUCACACUAGUGAAAUAUACUUUCCUCAUUGGAUAUACAAGAAACUUGAAUUAAAUGAAGAACAACUUGGACUGCACGGGAUUGUGAGUGAUGUAGAAAACAUGAUGGUGAGGAAAAUGAUCAUUGUAGGCUUAUGGUGCAUACAAACUAAUCCUUUGGACCGUCCGACAAUGACUAAGGUAUUGGAAAUGUUAGAAGGCGAUGUAGCAUCAAUGGAAAUCCCUCCGAAACCAUUUCUUUCUUCUCCAACAAGGUCUAUCGAUCCCCCAUCUAUUAAUAACUUGGAUCAUAAUUAUUCUUUUACCGCCAAUAGCUCAUCACUUUUACUGUUGUUGAUCAAUCUAAUUUUAUAUCCAUCCGCAAUGAAAGAAAACAUACGGCAUCAUACAUCAAUCAUUUUCUUGUUCGUUAUAAAGGUAUGUUUUUGUUUGGAUCCACAGUACGAAUCUUGUGUCCCCAAAGACUGUGGUGAUGGUAUGAUGAUAAACUAUCCGUUUUAUAUCAACGGUAUGCAAGAUCCAAAUUGUGGGUACCCUGGUUUCCAACUCAGCUGCAACAAUAGCUCACCAAUCUUGCAGAUAUCCAACAACAGUUACUCAGUUACAGAAAUUGACUAUAAAAAUCAAUCUAUGCGGUUGUCCCUAGAGCAAGAAGAUAUCACAUGCCUUUCGAACGUGAUCAAAAACAAAAACUUAACAUUUGAUCCUACCCAGUUUACGCUAAUAGCAGCUUCAAAAGUUAUUGUUCUAACAAAUUGUUCAAAACCGUUACCGGAAGAUCUCACUACAAGGUACAGAAUUAACGGGUCUUGCAAGCCAUCCUUUAAUCAGCAGCUGGUUAUGCUUGACAAUGACGUGAAUCUGAGAAAUCUGACGGAAUUCUGUAGUCUGGUGAGUGUGCCGGUGGAACUACGCAAUGGAGGAGAGGUGGUGGACGGUAGGAAUUAUACAAAGGUGCUGCAGAGGGGGUUUACAGUGGGCUGGAUUGCAUCGGAUUGUUCCUGGUGUGAGGCGAGUGGUGGGAGGUGCGGUUUUAAUACGACUACUUUCCAGUUUCAGUGUUUCUGCUACGAUAGACCCCAUAGAGUGAGGUGCCUCCCGCCAACUGGAACAACUAGAACAAGUAAAAAACACAUGGCUGUUAUCAUCGCAGUCAUUGUAGGGGGUGUGAUUAUACUAGCUGUCAUGAUCUUAUGUUUGAUAAAGAAACUCAAACAGAGAAGAAAAAGAAAGAGUAAUGUCAAUGUGGAUAAAUUUCUUAAGAAUCAUGAAUUCUUCGCUCCAAAAAGGUAUUCUUACUCGCAAGUAAAGAAGAUGACUAACUCCUUCAAGGUGAAACUAGGACAAGGCGGCUUUGGUUCAGUGUAUAAAGGAGAGCUAAGCAAUGGAAACCUUGUGGCAGUGAAGGUUUUAAAUGAACUUAAAGGUAAUGGUGAAGAUUUCAUCAAUGAAGUUCAAAGUGUUGGUAUGACUUCUCAUGUAAAUAUAGUAAGUCUUGUGGGAUUUUGCUGUGAUGGCAAGCAAAGAGCAUUGAUCUAUGAAUUCCUGGCCAACGGGUCCCUUGAAAAGUUCAUAUAUGGUCAGGAAUGCCCGGGUAAUAUCCAACUUGGGUGGGAAAAAAUACACCAGAUUGCAAUUGGGAUUGCUCAAGGCUUAGAAUAUUUGCACAAGGGUUGUAACACACGGAUCUUACAUUUCGAUAUAAAGCCACAUAAUAUUCUUUUGGAUCAAGAUUUCUGUCCUAAGAUAUCCGACUUUGGACUAGCUAAGCUAUUUCAUGAGAAAAGGAGCAUGAUAUCUGUAUCUCAUAUCAGAGGAACACCAGGGUACAUAGCUCCUGAACUAUUUUUCAGGAAUUAUGGACAAGUCUCCCAAAAAUCAGAUGUUUAUAGUUACGGAAUGAUGGUUUUGGAAAUGGUUGGAGGGAGGAAUAAUAUUGAGGUUGAUGUUGAUCACACAAGUGAAAUAUAUUUCCCUGAUUGGCUAUACAAAAAGAUUGAAGUAGAUGAGGAACAACUUGGACUCCAUGGAAUUGUGAGUGACAAAGAAAACGAGAUGGCGAGGAAGAUGAUCAUAGUAGGGUUGUGGUGCAUACAAACAAAUCCCCUGAACCGCCCGACAAUAACUAAGGUGUUGGAAAUGUUAGAAGGUGACUUAGCAUCGUUGGAAAUCCCUCCCAAACCUUAUUUGUCUUCUCCACCAAGGUCCAUUGAUCUCCCAUUAUCUGAUAAACCAAAUCUGAAUUGUUCUAUUACCGGUAGCUCAUCACUUUGAAAUGUUAUUCGAUCUCAGUACGAUCACACAUCGGCCACGUAUUGGAUCGGUUGGUGGUUUAUAAGCCGGGUGUCCCUCAUCCUUUGAGCUAGCUUUUGGGAGUAAGUUCUACACCUAACUUAUGGUUUGAUGCGAGUCUAUGGGAUGGGUUCGUUCAUUAUCCAAAAACUUAAAUGACUGUUAUGAUACUUAAAGGGGGUCUCUUGACAUUAUCUAUGUUAUAAUUGUUAUAUUGUUGUAAUAUAUCCAAUUACAUUUAGAACCGGCCGUAUGCACAUACGAAAAGUUAAAGUGAGACACUGU